UAUUUCUGUGUAUAUAUGCUCGCUUUUCUUUUGCAGAGAGCUGAUGUAAUCGUAUUUCCUGAAUAUGGAUUGUUCGGAGUAUUUGACAUUGGUGCAAUGCACAGCCAUGACUCUAUUCAUCCGUUCUUAGAAACAAUACCUGAGGUAGGACAUGCCAAGUGGAACCCGUGCGAAGAAAGAGAUUUGGAUGAAGAUGAUUAUGUUAUCCAGAAGAAGCUCAGUUGUUUAGCAAGAGAUAACAGAAUACACAUUGUGGCUAGCUUAGGCGAGAAAGCAAGAUGCAGCCGCCGAACAAAUUAUAAAUGCCCUAGCCAUAGUUAUUUCCAUUACAGUAGUACGGUUGUGUUUUCGGAGAAAGGAAAUCUCGUAGCCAAGUACCGUAGAAAAGCUUUGUUGAAUGAACCAUAUUUUGACAGCCCGGAUGAAUUCAGUAUUGCCGUUUUCGAGACUACUCAGAACAAAUUUGCCGUAGUGAGUUCUUAUGACACAAUGUUGAAAGAACCAAUAACGGAAUUAUUAGAUAAGCGGAAAGUGAAGAACAUAAUUAUUCCCAAUGUUUGGCGAUCGAAUUCACCUUUGCUUAGUAGUGUUCAAUGGCACUCUAGUUGGGCAAUUGGAAAUGAGGUUAACGUACUAGCUGCUACUAUACAUGACACAAACAUUGGGUCACAUGGAAGUGGAAUUUACUUCCCAUAUAGUGAAAGUUCCUAUUAUAACAAACCUGAUUCUUCAAGAGGCCACUUAAUCAUUGAACAUGUGAAAAUGAAUCGUUAUUCAAGACCAAAGAAACCAGUCAUUCCUUAUUUAUCAGUUUCCUUUGGCAAAUUCUCGUAUCACAGUGUCAAAAUGCUCGGUGAAGAAAUUCGUUUUAAAUUUGUAGAUUUGACAAAAUACACCGAUAAUGUAAGCAUAUGUAGUGGUUCUUUCUGUUGUAAAGUAGAUUACUCUCCCGAAUCUUUAGAAACGGAGAAAUAUAGCCUGGGGAUCUACAAGGGCAUGAUAAAUGCUCUAGACAGACGCAUGUACUUUGAGAUCUGCACAGUCAUGAAUUGUAAUAGAAUAUGCGGGAAGGAAAUCUUCUCUGCUAAUACAUACUUUGCAAGAUUUGGUCUUUCUGGUUAUAAUUUCACGGCUGAUCAUAUUUAUCCACAGGUGGUAUUUAUGAAUAAAGGAGAUCAAAUUCUUGAUGAUGUGUGGCAGUAUGAACAUGGCAAAAUAAACUCAAAACGUAUGUUCAACAAUCCCUUGCAUUCAGCAACAAUGAUUGGACGGAUCUAUAACGAGGACAAAUAUAUUACUACAUUUAAGUCAAGCUUCCCUAGUGAGGACAGGAGAACAAGAUCUGACAGAAAGAACGGUGCAGUGUCAAGAUUUACUCCCACAGUAUUUGUUGUAGUCAUGGGGACUAUCCUUUCAGUACUUAGCUUCUCUUGAUCGCAGAACUCAUCCGUUUAAAAUAUAAUCUAUUUACACACAUAGAUACACAAAUGAGUAGACAUAUAAAUGAAAUAUACAUACAUACCUGCACACAUAUACGCACACACACAGAUAUAUGCUACAUACACACAAAUAUAUAAGUAUAUAUAUAUAUAUGCAUGCAUGCAUAUUAUGUAUGCAUAUAUAUAUAUAUAUAUAUAUAUAUAUAUAUGUAUGUAUGUAUAUAUAUGUCUGUCUGUGUGUGUAUAUGUAUUUUAUUAACACCGAGUCCAUUUAAACGCGUUUUGUUUUGUUUAAACAACACGCCAGGGACACCGGUAAUCUCACUAUUUAUACACAUGUAUAUACUGAAAUAUAUAUACAUACACAUGCACACAAACAUAAACACACACACAUAUCACUAGAUAAAACGGGAUAUCUUAAUCAGAAUAUACCCAUACAACGACUCAUUUCUUCACUCAGUAGGCUAGGGCAUUUUCUAAAGAUAUGUUAAAAAACAAAUAACAAAAACGAUUCAUUAAAAUAGUUUUAUAUUUUAGAAAAAAAAACCAAAACAAUAUAUGAAUUUAAUCGCAAACUUUUAUAGCUUUUUUUAAAAUUUGCUCCUUACAUUUGGAAGAUGCGAUGAUGAAAAACUUUAGACUUUAACUUUUAACAAUUAAUAUGACUGCUUGUUCAAUAUACGUUUUUUUAAUUUUUUAUAUAAUCUCAUAUCUUAGAAUAAUUGAUUCAUGAUGGAAAAAAAAACAAGCAAAAAAAACCCGUUUUAAUCUGCUGUUCAAAGAACAGCCGAAUUCACCAGUGUAUUAUUUUAUCGUCAGCAAACUAUUCUAAAGGAAUUUCUGUUUGCCUAUUCAAAAGGAAAUCAUAUAUAUAUAAUGUAUUGAAUGUAUAAAACUGAUAUGCUGAAAUUGCAGUAUCCCACCCCUCUUGCAAUAUUAUAACAAACCGAUUUAUUGCAAUGUUUAUAUGUUUAUUCAACCACAUCAAUAGAUAAUUUCGAAUAAAAAACUUUUGAAAUAAAA